AUGCCUCAAUCCAGAUCUGCCAAGCGAAAGAGAAAGCUUCAGGCCCAAUUGCCCAAGAAGCAUGUCAAGACCGCAACCAUUGUGACGCCACCCCCCGAUGGCGAUGCCACACAGUCUGAACCCAAAAUCUUGCAGACCGUCAUCUCGGACGAAGAGCUCGCCAUCACAAUCGAGACCUUGACGACCUUGGCACAAUACCCAAGCCUCACAAAGUCGAAGCUGUGCAGAAACUUGCGAACCGCCGUCUACGACUUCCGGCAAUCAUGUACCACGGGCGUCAACUCGGCCGAGGGCGCAAACCUCACCGGUCGGGUCACAGCCGCGCUCGCCGACGAAAAAUACCUCGAGGCCAAGAUCUUGCUGGCUGAAAUGCGACUGCGAGGCGAAGAACCGAAGCUGGGUGCCCUUUGUCGCUGGGUUCGGGAUCUGGACGUUGUGACGCAGCCCAACGGCGCAAGCAUCGUCAACCCCAACCGCUCUGACAAAGACAAGGAGCUUUUGGCAGUCCUUGAUGCCGUGAUGCGCGUCAGCUGCCCUGUCGAUGGCAACCCAGAGGCAAAGCUUCCCUCUCAGUUGUCCCCUCACAUAGCCUUGCAGCCUACCUGGGACUUGCGACCACGGACAGAACCACACCAAGUCUACGCCUCAGUCCUGGACAAGUCAGUCUUGUCCUCGGCGCCCGACUCGCUCUCUUCUCGCGUCCGAGUUGUCGAAACGACGCCGGGACAUGCCAGGAAACCGCCAAACCACCACCCAGCCAUCCUGUACACCACAGAACCUGAUACCGUUGACCUGUCUCAACCGCAUGCGGGAAUAACAUACCACAAGCACCCCAGCGUUCCCCAUCUCGGUCUCGCGACGGGCGUCCUCUCACCGGAGGAAUGCAAGGCCAUCGUCGCCACGGCAGAGAGCGUCGGUUUCCUGCCCGACGUCCCCGUGCGCGAGGGCGGAGAUGCCAGCGUGCUGGCCCACAACUUCUACUGGGUCGUAGAUGCCGCGUUUCACGACAAGCUCUGGGCACGCAUGGCUCCCUUUGUGCCCGCGUCGCUCAAUGGUCGCCGGUGCCGCGGUGUGAACAGACGGUUCCGGGUCUAUCGCUACGUCCCCGGGGCCGAGUAUCGAUGCCAUAUCGACGGGGCCUGGCCGCCCUCAGGAAUUCGCCCCGACGACACAUACGUAUACGACGACUCACCCGCGGAGAAGAAGCAAAGCUCGCUAUUCACUUUCCUGCUGUAUCUCAAUGACGAGUUUGGAGGCGGAGAAACAACGUUUUACAUGCCGGCACAACGCGAGGGAACACUCAACGCCUACCCUGUGCGGCCGGUCAUGGGAGGUGUCGCCGUUUUCCCUCAUGGCGAGACCAAAGGGGCAUUAUUGCAUGAGGGGACGAGUGUACGCAAGGGAGCCAAGUACAUCAUCAGGACAGACAUUGAGUACGACGUCGAGCCAUCUGAGGAAUAG